UUUUCCGGUUCCGCCCACCUCGGACCCCGCCCCAGGCCACUGGGUCGCUUCCCUCCGCGCAGUUGCCCCCAGACCCGGAAGUGGAUCGUGCGGGGCAAGCAUCACACCAUGGCGUAUGAGUGUUCCUCUGUGUAGAGUCAACCUGCGCCUCGCCGUUCCCCGUUCGCACACCCGAUGCCUGGGGGUUGCUACGGACUUAACAUCUCCGCACCGCACCCUCCACCUCAGAAACAUCCCUGGAUCCGAACACUGCCCCCUCGACGACCUAGAGAGAUCCUAGCUCCCAGCCCACUGAGUGGCUUCAGCCUCGCUGGCUCCUCCCAACUGCUGGCCCCUCUGCAUGAGGCGCCCACCCAGGCCCCGCCUGCAGGGAACCCAGCUCUUCUUACAGAUUCCUGCAGCCUCUAGAAGCUGCUACUUGGAGUGAAGGCCUCACACGAAGAAGUCUGGAAGAAGAGGAAAGGAAAGGAGUCAGGAAUGGCCCUUACUCAGGUACGGUUGACAUUCAGGGAUGUGGCCAUAGAAUUCUCUCAGGAGGAGUGGAAAUGCCUGGACCCUGCUCAGAGGACUCUAUACAGGGACGUGAUGUUGGAGAACUACUGGAACCUGGUUUCUCUGGUUAUAGAUAUCCCUCCUAAAUGUACAACCAAGGAUUUGCUACCAAAAGAGAAGAGCAGUACAGAAGCAGUAUUCCACACAGUGAUGUUGGAAAGACACGAAAGCCCUGACAUUGAAGACUUUUCCUUCAAGGAACUUCAGAAAAAUAUGCAUGACUUUGAGUGUCAAUGGAGAGAUGACACAGGAAAUUACAAGGGAGUGCUUAUGACCCAGAAAGAACGUAAAAGAGAUCAGCGCGACAGAAGAGACGUAGAAAACAAGCUUAUUAACAAUCAGCUGGGAGUAAGCUUUCAUUCGCAUCUGCCUGAACUGCAGCUAUUUCAAGGUGAAGGGAAAAUGUAUGAAUGUAAGCAAGUUGAGAAGUCUACGAACAAUGGUUCCUCAGUGUCACCACUUCAACAAAUUCCUUCUAGUGUCCAAACCCACAGGUCUAAAAAAUAUCAUGAACUUAACCAUUUUUCAUUACUCACACAAAGACGAAAAGCAAACAGUUGUGGAAAACCUUACAAGUGUAAUGAAUGUGGCAAGGCGUUCACUCAGAAUUCAAACCUUACGAGUCAUAGGAGAAUUCAUAGUGGAGAGAAGCCUUACAAAUGCAGUGAGUGUGGCAAAACCUUUACUGUUCGUUCAAAUCUAACUAUUCAUCAGGUCAUCCAUACUGGAGAGAAACCUUACAAAUGUCAUGAGUGUGGCAAGGUCUUCAGGCACAAUUCAUACCUUGCAACUCAUCGGCGAAUUCAUACUGGAGAGAAACCUUACAAGUGUAAUGAGUGUGGAAAAGCCUUUAGAGGACAUUCAAACCUAACUACCCAUCAGUUGAUUCAUACUGGAGAAAAACCAUUCAAAUGUAAUGAAUGUGGCAAGCUCUUCACUCAAAAUUCACACCUUAUUAGUCAUUGGAGAAUUCACACUGGAGAGAAACCUUACAAGUGCAAUGAGUGCGGCAAAGCCUUUAGUGUUCGUUCAAGCCUAGCUAUUCAUCAGACAAUCCACACUGGAGAAAAACCUUACAAAUGUAAUGAAUGUGGCAAAGUCUUUAGGUACAAUUCGUACCUCGGAAGGCAUCGGAGGGUUCAUACUGGUGAGAAACCUUACAAGUGUAAUGAAUGUGGCAAAGCCUUUAGUAUGCAUUCAAACCUAGCUACCCAUCAGGUCAUCCAUACUGGAACAAAACCUUUCAAAUGCAAUGAAUGCAGCAAGGUUUUCACUCAAAAUUCACAACUUGCAAAUCAUCGAAGAAUUCAUACUGGCGAGAAACCUUACAAGUGUAAUGAGUGUGGGAAAGCCUUCAGUGUUCGUUCAAGUCUGACUACCCAUCAGGCAAUCCACUCUGGAGAGAAACCUUACAAAUGUAUUGAAUGUGGCAAGAGCUUCACUCAAAAAUCACACCUUAGAAGUCAUCGGGGAAUUCAUUCUGGAGAGAAACCUUACAAGUGUAAUGAAUGUGGGAAAGUCUUCGCUCAAACGUCACAACUUGCAAGGCACUGGAGAGUUCAUACUGGAGAAAAACCUUACAAGUGUAAUGACUGUGGCAGAGCCUUUAGUGAUCGUUCAAGCCUAACUUUUCAUCAGGCAAUACAUACUGGAGAGAAACCUUACAAAUGUCAUGAAUGCGGCAAGGUUUUUAGGCACAAUUCAUACCUUGCAACUCAUCGGCGAAUUCAUACGGGAGAGAAACCUUACAAGUGUAAUGAGUGUGGCAAAGCCUUUAGUAUGCAUUCAAACCUAACUACCCAUAAGGUCAUCCACACUGGAGAGAAGCCUUACAAAUGUAAUGAAUGUGGCAAGGUCUUCACUCAAAAUUCACACCUUGCAAAUCAUCAAAGGACUCACACCGGAGAGAAACCUUACCGAUGCAAUGAGUGUGGGAAAGCCUUCAGUGUUCGUUCAAGCCUAACCACCCAUCAGGCAAUCCAUACUGGGAAAAAACCUUACAAAUGUAACGAAUGUGGCAAGGUCUUUACUCAAAAUGCGCACCUGGCAAAUCACCGAAGAAUUCAUACUGGAGAGAAACCUUACAGGUGUACAGAGUGUGGGAAAGCCUUUAGGGUAAGGUCAAGUCUAACUACCCAUAUGGCAAUCCACACUGGAGAAAAACGUUACAAAUGUAAUGAGUGUGGCAAGGUCUUCAGGCAGAGUUCAAAUCUUGCAAGUCAUCACAGAAUGCAUACCGGAGAGAAACCUUACAAAUGAGUGUGGUGAGGUCAUUAGGUACAAUUCACUCUUUUCACAUCAGUUAAUUCAUUCUUGACAGAAUCCUUACAAAUGCAGUGACAGUGGCUAAUCCCUCAUGGGUUGAAGCAUUAAUAGAUACGAGAGGCCGUAAGCAAGAGACAUCAUGUAAACAUGUGGCAGAGGGUUUAUCCAGGCCUCGCAGGUUACUAGGCAUCAAAAUUUAUAUCUUUGAUGAAACCAAACAAAUGUAAUAUGCAUCCUUAGGCCAUUACCCAGUGACUGACGGUAAGUGAGAAUUCCUAUGAGGAAUAACAGUCUCUGGUUUCCCUGUUUGCCUUUGAUAUUAUACACUGUAGAAUACUCACCAGUCCAAAUAUGCUAAAAAUUAUAUUUUUUAACUCAUAUAUGAAAAGAUUGCAGGAUAUUUGUAGGCAGUCAGUUACCUUCACCUUAUGAAAUGUUUUAUUGAGUUAUUUAAGGUUUUUUGGAAAGCCUACUGUUGAGUUUCAAUGUGAACUUUGAAAUCUGUUAUUGUGCAUCCUUACACACCUUCCAUGGUGGUUUCUUGGAAAGAUCAUUGGGAUGGAAGGAUCAUCGAUUGGGUGAAGAUCAUUAAUUAGGUGAAGGAUUAUUUCUAUCCAAUUUGUGAAGAAGGAGGACUUUGCUUUUAAAAUCAAGUAUUGUCGGAAUUAGCAUUUGGGAGUGGCAAAAAACAAUGUAAAACCGUGAUGUCACUCACCAUUCUGAUAAUGUUCAGGGUGCCUUUCUCCUACCAGGAGAGUACUGUGGCUUAGGAGAAAGAAAUGGUCUAUCAACUGAACAUGAAAUGGAGCAGGCCAAGACCCUAGGACAUUGGGAUUUUUGUGGGAGGAGAGUAAUAGGUAAUUAGACACUGAUUGUGUGGUAGAAAUACUGCAGGGGAAAAGGUCGCCCCCUUAUCCAUUAAAGAGCAAUACCUGUUGUUUAGCAAAGAGUGAUGAAAAAUUGAUCUUGUUUUUGAAAUUGAAGAGAGAGGCCAGGCGCAGUGGCUCACACCUGUAAUCCCAGCACUUUGGGAGGCUGAGGCAGGUGGAUCACCUGAGGUUGGGAGUUUGAGACCAGCCUGACCAACAUGGAGAUACCCCAUCUCUACUAAAAAUAUAAAAUUAGCUGGGCAUGUUGGUAGGUGCCUGUAAUCCCAGCUACUUGGGAGGCUGAGGCAGGAGAAUCGCUUGAACCCAGGAGGCGGAGGUUGUGGUGAGCCAAGAUCAUGCCAUUGCACUCCAGCCUGGGCAACAAGAACAAAACUCCAUCUAAAAAAGAAAGAAAUUGAAGAGAGAGUAGUCAGAGUGAAGAGUUUAAUCAACAGAAGUAGAGUAACAUAUUCUUUAGUAGAACUCACAUUAUCUGCUUAAAGCACACUUUGCUAAUGUUUUAUUCAGAAUGUAUCAUAGAUAUAAUGUUUUAACUAAUAAAAUAGAAUGGUUUUUCUCUAUGAAUGAAUCACAUUCUUUCUGCCAACAUAGUUUUAUCCUGUCUCAGUAGGAUACUUCAUAACAUAAUAACAAUGCACCACUAGACUCUUAAAGGAUCAAGAACAAUUUUUUUCAUGGUGAAAUCAAAUAACACAGUUUUGGAAACCUAUAACCACAUUUUGCGCUUGAAUUAUGUGCCCCACACUGUGGCUUAGGAUACUUUUGGGGGUAUAAUGAAAAUCUUACUGAAAGUUAAUUUCACAUUCUUACACCCCAAAAUCUGCAUUGCCAUUGAUGCAUAUGCACCAUAUUAUUAUAUUUCCACAUCAGUUUCUUGUAUGCCAAGUAAGACUUAUGCUAUGCAUCUUGUUUUCCAUGAAGUGAAAAUACAUAGUAAGAAUAUGGGAAAUAAAAGUGAGGCCAGGCACGGUGGCUCACGCCUGUAAUCCUAGCACUUUGGGAGGCCAAGGCAAGCAGAUCACCCGAGGUCAGGAGAAACCAGUCUGGCCAGCAUAGUGAAACCCCUUCUCUACUAAAAAUACAAAAUUAGCUGGGCUUAGUGGUGCAUGCCUGUAGUCCCAGCUAUUUGGGAGGCUGAGGCAGGAGAAUUGCUUGAACCUGGGAGGUGGAGGUUGCAGUGAGCUGAGAUCAUGCCAUUACACUCCAGCGUGGGCACCAAGAGCUAAUCUCGGUCUCAAAAAA